AUGUUUGGCAGCAACAACAGCGGUUCCCCCCCAAAAGAAAGCAACGUCAUGGACGCGCCCGCAUCAGCCACUACUGUCACUCCAAACAACCGAACUAGCGAAUCUCCUAAAUCCUCAAAACCCGACGAGAUGGGCGACGGUACUGCUGGUGGAGAAAAGCGCAGCGGCAACGGAAGCCCACAAGGCCGGCCGACAGCUGACAACGGAGCCACAUCAGAGAAGAAGCGCAAGAGUGGUGUUGGCGGCAAGGCCAGUGCUAUGUUAGCCAGCGCAAAGAGCUCAUUGCACUUCAGCCCUGGUUCUGGUCCAAAUCCCUCAUCAAGCGCGCGAAAUGCAGAGCAAAAUACGCAAACGCCUUUACAGAAGCUGGGAAAACAAGAUCCGGCCUUGAGCGUCCCUCAAGGACAGCACAACAAUAGUGCUGGCGAUUCCAUUCCCGGUCCAAAAUCGACCUUCUCGGUUGGGGUCUGGGAGGAUCGAAAUAAAAAAUGCCGUCGGACUAUGGAAGAUACCCAUGCCUUUUUAUACAAUUUUCUGCAUACACCUGCCCCCGCGCUGAAUUUAGAAACCAGUCCUGUUACGGGAAACCCAGAUUUACAGCAUGAAGAAUCAGGUACCGAGUCGUCGGCCAGUUUGGUUGCGACGAGCGAGAUGAUGGAAACCGACAACGGAUAUUUUGCCAUCUUCGACGGCCAUGCCGGCACCUUCGCUGCGGAUUGGUGCGGAAAGAAACUACACCUCAUUUUGGAAGACGUCAUUCGAAAAAACCCCAAUACUCCGAUUCCCGAGCUUCUUGAUCAAACAUUCACUACGGUUGAUGCACAUCUCGAAAAACUUCCGGUCAAGAAUAGCGGCUGCACAGCGGUCACAGCGGUAUUGAGAUGGGAGGAUCGGAUACCCAACGCACAAUCUGCUACUGGGUCCACAGCUAUUGCACCAGCAACUGCUGCUGCGGUCAAGGCUGCGGAUGAGCAGGCCAAAAUUGAGGAGAAGUCAAGUGAUAGUGGGGUUGACAUGAGCAAGAGCACAUCAAAACCGCCCGGAGCGGCUCAAAGUGCCAGCGAAGCAACGCACGCUAAGCUUAAAGUCCAAGCAUCGCGUCAACGUGUUUUGUACACGGCAAAUGUCGGAGAUGCGCGUAUUGUACUUUGCAGAAAUGGCAAGGCUUUAAGGCUAUCCUACGACCACAAGGGAAGCGAUGAGAACGAGGGCAAGCGCAUUGCAAAUGCUGGUGGACUAAUUCUCAACAAUCGAGUCAACGGCGUCCUGGCUGUAACUCGAGCCCUUGGAGACGCAUACAUGAAAGAUUUGGUGACCGGUCAUCCUUAUACAACCGAAACGGUCAUUCAGCCUGACGCCGAUGAGUUCAUUAUUCUUGCCUGCGAUGGGGUAAGAAGCUUUCCUAGAUUCACCUUUUCAGCCCAAGUACUAACAUUAUUUGCAGUUAUGGGAUGUUUGCUCCGACCAAGAAGCUGUGGAUCUCAUCCGGGAGACUGAGGAUCCAAAUGCAGCCGCAAAACAUUUGGUUGAGCAUGCUCUGGCACGUUUCAGUACUGAUAAUCUGUCCUGUAUGAUAGUUCGUUUCAACAAAACCGCUCUGAUAACUACGGCUAAAGAUCCCGCAUCUGCCAUUGGCGUUGAAGGUGACCCGGAUUGCCACCCAGGUAAGAUCAGUGAAGCCGAAAAACUAGUCGGGGAAGCGAAGCGCAGAGUUCAGGAAGACGGCGUUCCAGGUGUUGGGGUUAGCGGAUCAAAUUCUGGAAAGGGUCAUGAUUCUCAGAUUGCGGAAGAUGAAGAACAAGCCAAGCGAGUCAACAUGGAGAAGGUCGUCGAAGAGGAGCCAAGUUUGGUGGAAGGCGAUGCACCAGAAGUCAGCACUGGAAAUGCAGCGGACCCCACUAUAAGAGAUAAGCUCAAGCUACCGAAAUAA